ACGUACAUAAGGUGUCGGGGGAGGCGUCCACAGGGUCGAGCAGAGCUGAGACCCCUUCCUCUCUUCCCCUCGUAUCUUCGUCUCUGUCUACUGCGUCUGCAGAGCGUACACCACCGCCGCCAUGUCGGACUCCAACGGCUCCAACGGCAAUGCCGAAAGCCCCAUCGAGGCCUCCCACGAAAAGCACGAGUACAGCGACAUCAAGACGGACAACCAGCAGCAGUUCGACCGCGCCGACCACGAUGCCAUGCGCAAGUCCAGCGUCGUCGCCAUGACCGACAACGUCACCGGCGAAAUCAAGAACCCUCUUUCCGGCAUCUCCAAGGCCGAGCUCAUGGCCGACGUCGAGCGCUUCGCCGAGGUCAACGAUCUGAUGGACGAAGUCGAGCUCUUGAAGAAGGGCGCGCUCGUUGCGCAGAACCCCGGCGACUUUGAAAACUUGGCCGAGCUGGAUGAAGAGGACCGCGCGCAUUUGAGAAUCGAGAUUACAAAUCGGUGGCGCCACCCAAAGGCUCUAUACAUCACCAUCAUCCUUAACUCCAUCGCCGCUGCAAUUCAGGGUUGGGAUCAGGAGGGUGCCAACGGCGCCACGCUUUCCUGGCCCAAUGACUUUGGUAUCUCCGACAUGACUACAGGCAAAGGGCAUUGCACCAUUCCCACUCCCCCCGGACAAAUCAGCUGUGCGGGACGAAGCUGGCUCAUCGGCUUUGUCAACUCCUGCCCAUACAUUGCCAUUGCAGUCUUCACCGCCUGGAUCUCGGACCCCAUCAACAAUCUCUGCGGCAGACGCGGAACCAUCUUCAUCGGCGCCAUCUUCUCCUUCCUCGCUCCCAUCGGCAGCGCUACCACGCAGACCUGGUGGGAAUUCGCCAUCUGCCGUGUCCUGCUCGGUGUCGGCAUGGGCUUGAAGGAGGUGACGGUACCCAUCUACUCCGCUGAGAAUGCGCCGGCAGUCAUUCGCGGUGGCUUGGUCAUGUCGUGGCAGAUGUGGACUGCGUUUGGCAUCUUCUUGGGUACUGCAGCCAACUUGGCCGUCUACUCGGUCGGCCCAAUCGCAUGGCGCCUGCAGAUUGGUUCCGCCUUUAUCCCGGCCGUUCCCGUCCUUCUGGGUAUCUGGUUCUGUCCCGAGAGCCCACGUUGGUACCUAAAGAAGAACAAGGUGAAGAAGGCCUUCAACUCUCUCGUUCGCCUCCGAAAUUCCAGACUGCAAGCCGCUCGCGAUGUGUACUACAUCAAGGCUCAACUCGACUUUGAAGAGGCAUUGAAGCUCGCCAAGGGACUCGGAACUCACGACAACUUCUUCAUCCGCUUCUACGAAUUGUUCACCAUUCCCCGUAUUCGACGUGCAACUCAGGCCUCUGGUAUUGUUAUGAUCGCCCAGCAAAUGUGCGGCAUCAACAUCAUUGCAUUCUAUUCCGCCCUCAUCUUCGUCCAAGCCGGCUUCACCGAGGAGGCCGCUCUCUUCGUCUCCUUCGGCUUCGGUCUGACCAACUUCUUGUUCGCUUUCCCCGCGGUGUGGACCAUUGACACCUUCGGCCGACGCAGUCUACUGAUCUUCACAUUCCCCAACAUGGCGUGGUCGCUGUUGACCGCCGGUCUAUGUUUCCUGAUUAAGCCUGAUACCUCCCAAGCCCACAUUGGCGCAGUAGCCGCCUUCGUCUUCGUCUUCGCUGCCUUCUACUCUCCUGGUGAGGGGCCAGUGCCCUUCACGUACUCGGCAGAAGUCUUCCCUCUCAGUCACCGAGAAGUCGGCAUGUCCUGGGCCGUGGCAACAAACAACUUCUGGGCAUCCGUCUUGUCCAUUUCCCUGCCCGCUAUCCUGAGAGCCUUCACUUCCGCCGGUACCUUUGGCUUCUACGCUGGUUUGAAUGUGGUCGCCUUCUUCAUGAUCCUCUUCUUCCUACCCGAAACGAAGCAAAGGACGCUGGAGGAACUCGACUACGUCUUCGGCGUCACGACUCGGCGCCACGCGGGUUUCGUGCUCAAAGAGCAAAUCCCCUGGUGGACUCGGCACUACGUUUUGCGCAAGAAGGGCGAGCCCGAGCCAAAAUUGUACCACUUCUCCAACGUCACGACGUACGAGCCGGCUGUCAUCAAGAAGCACUUGGAAUCCAACGCCGGGCUCAAGGAGUAGAGUGGGCACAUGUGUGUCUCAAACAUCGGAGAACAACAGAGGAGAAAGGAAGGAGGAGUGGUUGUUUUAUCCGUCGCUCGUUGCAAUAUACCCAGAAUGGAUGUACUCGCGCGCCUG